AUGACCGGCCGAGAUGCGAGUUCAGAUGGCAAAACCAAGGGCAAGGCGUUGGUGCCCAUUGGCCCAGGACAGGAGAAAGCUUCUCUCAGUUUACGAUCCAAAGGCUUUGCCAUCAAUGACUUGCUGGGCUUGGAGGCAGAGUUGCAGCCUCCCAGUGGUCCCGGGGCUGGCUCAGGAUGCCAGGUCCCCUCAGGCGCUGGGCUGGGGCCAGGCGCUGGGGCUGGAGCUGGAGUCGGGGGGACCUCUCUGCCCGGGGGCUCCUUGCCCUUAGGACUGGGCUUCUUCUGUGGCUUCGCAGCGCAGCAGCCACCGGCUGGUGGGACCCCCUGUCUGCUGCUCACGGACAUCCCCUUCCUGCAGCCCCGGGGACCGGACCCCCAUCACCAACAUCACGAGCAUCACCAGCGAUACCUGCUGGGCUCUGAGAAGCCCAAGGAAAGCGUUUCGGAUGAGGACAGUCUGACUGAAGACAAAAAUGAACUGAAGACACCCACAUCACAUAUUAAGAGGAAAAAGCGGCGGCAUAGGACAGUUUUCACUGCUCACCAACUGGAAGAAUUGGAAAAGGCUUUCAAUGAGGCACAUUAUCCAGAUGUGUAUGCCAGGGAAAUGUUAGCUCUGAAAACUGAGCUUCCAGAAGACAGAAUACAGGUCUGGUUUCAAAAUAGAAGAGCCAAGUGGAGGAAGAGAGAAAAAUGUUGGGGUAGGAGCAGUGUCAUGGCAGAGUAUGGUCUCUAUGGUGCCAUGGUGAGACAUUCCAUACCACUUCCUGAAUCGAUCAUCAACUCCGCCAAGAGUGGGUUGGUGGGCUCCUGUGCUCCAUGGUUACUCGGGAUGCACAAAAAAUCCAUGGAUGUGACCAGAAAAUCAGGGGGAGAAGAAAAGGUAUCAGAAAACUGGUGUUAUGAACACCCAGAAGAAGACUUGAAAUCAAAGCACACAGAGCCCCAGCUGAGCACUGACAAAGUCAACCUCAUGGACAACUCAGAAGACAUUGCUAUUGACCUCUCCAGGACAGCAAAACAGGAGAAAAAGAAAGCACACUGA